AUGCAACUGCCCCCAAGCUUUGAGGAACAAGGUCCAAAUAUGGUGUGCAAAUUACAUAAAGCCAUUUAUGGCUUGAAGCAGGCCCCCCGUGCCUGGUUAGACAAAUUAAGGAACUCACUCUUGCAUUGUGGCUUUCACAAUGACAUUUUAAUCACUGGGAGUGAUUCAACUGAGAUUUCAUCACUGAUUGUCCAGCUAAAUAAUCAAUUUGCUCUCAAGGACCUCAGGAACAUUAACUACUUCCUAGGAAUUCAAGUAACAACAACUGAUCAUGGACUGCACCUUUCACAAACGAAAUACAUCACAGACAUUCUUUACAAAGCCAAACUAGAGUGUGCCAACAGCCUUCCAACUCCCAUGACAGGUGGGGAAAAACUAUCUUGCAUUGGCAGUGACCCUGUCAAAAAUCCUCAGCAGUACAGGAGCUUAGUUGGUGCUCUUCAAUACGCAACCUUAACCAGACCCGAAAUUACUUUUGCAGUAAACAAAGUUUGCCAAUUCAUGCACUGUCCACUUGAAUCUCACUGGAAAACAGUAAAACGAAUUCUAAGAUAUCUAAAAGGCACCCUUGAUUAUGGUCUUGACAUGUCUCGACCUACAUCUCUAGACCUGGUUGGCUUUUGUGAUGCAGAUUGGGCAUCUGACAUUGAUGACAGACGCUCUACCACUAGCUUCUGUGUCUACCUAGGUUCCAAUCUCAUCUACUGGUCCUCAAAGAAGCAACAUACAGUGUCCCGUUCCAGCACAGAGACCGAAUAUAGAAGCAUGGAAAGCCUCACUGCAGAAAUAACUUGGAUACAAAGCUUACUUGGUGACAACCUUAGCACGGUGCUAAUGUCUGCCAAUCCCAUUCUACACGCAAGAACUAAACAUAUAGAACUCGACCUAUAUUUUGUAAGAGAAAAGGUUCUUGCUAAAGAUUUGACUGUCAAGCACACCCUUGCCUAUGAUCAAACUGCAGACAUUCCAACUAAGGCUCUCUCCAACGCUCAGUUUCUUCUACUCAGAGACAAACUUAGGAUUGUAUCUCUAUCCACCCUAAGUUUGAGGGGGGAUGUUAAGAGUAUAGAAUAA